CCAACUUCUGCUCCCGAGGCUUGCCGCUGGUGCUCGUCGCUGCCACAUCUCCCCUGGCCCGUGCCGGGUGCUCGGCCCCUUGUGUGAGGCACCUCUUGGCAGGUGGAGAUUAAACUCGAGGUUAAUUGGGAGGAUUUUUGAAACCCCGUGCACUACAGCAGGUUUGGGAAUGGGUGCUUCUGCCGAUUUUGCGUUUGGGGGGGCUAGAAGUAAUGAGGAAAAAAGCGUGUAGGAAAUGACAGCGUUAUUUUAACCUUUAAAACUGCUGCCCAGGUGCUGAUGGUGUUUGUGUACUCAUCGGGCUGGACGUUGAAACCCAUGACGGUGUGAUUUAUUUCCUUGUGCUGGCUUUAUAUCUCCUGCCUCCAUUUUCUGAGCCUUUUCCUGCUCGAUGCCCUUGGACGUUACUGCGAAGCCUGAUGAAGGGGCGGAUAGUGGACUGCUUCAGGGUGCACAGCGUGCUGAUCUGACCUGAGACAUCUCUGGCACAAGCCUGGGCACCAGGGAAGGGAGAGCGUGGGUCAUGUCUGGGAGAUAAAGGCUGCUGGAAAAGCUGCCGCAGCAGGUUGGGGCUGUGCUGAGCGCGUGGUAAAGCGUGUAGUUCUGGCAGGGUGAGGUGAUCACCACCGUGCCAGCUCAGGGAGGCUGCUCCUGGCCUGUUCUCAUUGGGGUCUUGGAAUGGAGGUGGUUUGCAUCAUUCCUAGAAAGAGGUUUUAAGGGCUUUUCACCAAGAAUCUAAUAGUCAAACAACUGCAUCUUCCCCCGUACAAAUUUUGGAGGUAACAAAAUACUUGUGCAGGGCAAAGCUUCAUUGCAGGGAGACUCCAGCCUAGAGAGCAGGGGAGAGGAAGGGCCAGAGCAGCGAGAAAUACCUGCUUGGGUUUCAGUUAAAACCUGAGGACAGUGGUGUUGGCUGGAGAAGGGCAGCUAAUGCAGGGAUAUGAGGAUGUGUGGGAGGCUGCAUGCUCGUGGCAUUGGUUGGCACCCACAUACCUGCCCAGUGGAUGCAGCCAGCUGAUGGAAAACCGGGUGCUGGUGCUGCAAGAGGAGCCUGGAGCCCUGUCCCGUGGCACAGCCUAUGAAUCUGAACCUCUGGAGCCCUGCAGGUUGGCAUGUCCUCUCCCAAAUGACCCAUGAUGAGCAGCAGCCUCUCUCUUAGGGGCACCUGUGCCAGGGGUGCUCUCAGAAACUGUCAUGGCUUGGUGCAUCAAGUACAAAGUCACCUGGAGCAGGUGCUUGUACCUCCCGAGGUGGCUGGGAGCACCUUGGGGUUACUGCACAUCUUGGGCCGAGGAAGUCUAUGACCUGCAGAGGAGUCCACUGCGUCCUGGGUUGACGUGGUGUUGUGCUGAGUUAAACCUCUGGCUGAUAGGUGUCCUCUCCUGCAGUGCCCGCCCCUGCUGCAGGUGGCAUGGCCAGGGGUGUUGACAGCCCUGGGGUGGGAUUUUUGUUAAUUGGGGCUCAUCAGGAUAACUCUUUCUUGGGGACACCUGCAGCUGCGGUGGGUGGUGGGGCAGAAGAAGAGGUCCAGGCAGGGUAGGCAGGUUUCCACAGAGGUGGCUGGUGUGCCCCGGAAGGGGGUCACAGCAUGGAUUGGGAGUGGCUGGGUGAUGUCUAGACAGGUUUUAAUUGUGCUGCCAGUUCUAAGGGAAAGAAAUGUCCUCUGGCCCUGGCAGGGCUUUUGGUGCUGAAGAACACACAGACUUUCUCCUGGUUAUUCUGAAGCCCUGGGAGCGCUGUUAAUAGCCAGCAACUGGGCAUCAGCCACCUUCUCUUGGCCUGCACCAUGUGGGGAGAAGCUGGCAGGGGAAGAGUUUGCUACUGAGAUGGCAAAACAGCUUGGGCAUUGGCCAGCUGUAAAUCCCAAACCUCUUUCACUGCAUGCUCCUGAAAAAAAAAAAAAAGCUUUUUGAAAUCCCUCUGUCACCUCUUUUCCAAGGAGCCGGAUGCAUUGCUGUGCUGUGCCGUGCCGCAGCUGCUCUGCCUGGGCACCUUAUUUCCCAUUGCCAGAAACCUGCUGGGGGAGCAGCUGGGUUGGUUCCCUGAUGCAGGGUUAAAAGAAAAAUUCCUUGAGAGAGACAGCAUGCUGCCAAAACCUUGCCUUGGCAGUGUUAAGCCAGGUCUGUCUCAGCUGGGAGAAGAGCAGUUGCAGCAGAUGUAGCUCCAAGAUAGCAGCAGGCCCUGAUUCAGGGCGGUUGUACAGGGCAGGCUGGUUCUUGUGGUGCCCUGGACAUCUGCAGGCAAAAUAUCCUUAAACAGUCAAACAUGAAAGCGAGUACAUAGGAGUGGAGAGCAGGCUGCAAUCAGGUCCUGUGAGACUGCAACCUGGAAAAUCUGACCCCGAGAGGGAAUUGGGGACCUUAGACAUUGGUGAGUAAAGGUGAACGUCCAGUGACCAUGCAGCUGAAAAGGCAAGUAUGAGGUCUUUUUUUUGGUGGGGAAGAGUGUGUAGGAGCUGGUGGUGUUGUGGAACAGCCUCUCCCCCUUGCAGCUCCCGCCCCUGUGAAGCUGGGGAUAUGUGCCCCCAGGGAUUAGUGCUCCCCCAUUGGCCAUCGCCUGGGCUCUGCAUCCCACGAGCCAUCCGAGCAGGAUAGUCUGUGCUCCCAGCUGGGGUGGCUUUCUCCUUCCAGCAGUACGGCAUCGGUGCCUGCAGGUAGCUCAGGGAUGUUCCCCUCCAUGGGAGCUCCUGUGCCUCUGCUGCCCACCUGGCAUCCAGGGCUGUGGAGCUGCCGGUUGGGUCUUGCCUGUCUAUUUGAUGGGGACGGUCCAGCAGCUUCUUCUGGUCUGGUAGCUGUUUUCUGUGUGGUAAUUGUCUCUGUAUGGAAGACCUAACUUGGGGCGGUUUAUUAGCAAAAGCCAGUCCUUUACGAGUGCUGACUCAGAGCCCAGCCCUGCUUCUCUUGCCCGGAGUGGUGCUGGCACACCCAGCUGCAGGUGUGCCCCUGUUUGGGUGUCUCGAUUCCCAGGCCUUUGGGUGAGAAAUUAUCUGAUGGGUAAUUCUGGCUGCGCAGCUGGCAUGCAAGUGGAGGUGAGUCCUGGGAUCCUGCCAGCUGCAGACAGCAAGGAUCACCUCCUUCAGGGCAAGGCUGCCCCAUGCCGCCUGCCCUGGGGGAUGUGGCACUGCAAUCACAGAAUGGUAGGUGUUGGAAGGGACCUUUGGAGAUCAACUCAUCCAACCCCUCUACUUGAGCAGGUACAUUUAGAGCAGGGGGCACAGGACUGUGUCAGGUGGGUUUUGAAUGACUUCACAACCUCUCUUGGGCAGCCUGUUCCACUGCUCUGUCACCCUCACAGGAAAGAAGUUUUUUCUCACAUUCACAUGGAAGUUCCUGUGCCAGUUUGUGCCUGUUGCCUCAUGUCCUGUCAUUGUGCACCACUGGAAAGAGUCUGGCCCAUCUUUGUUUGACACCCACCCUUUAGAUAUUUAUAAGCAUUGAUAAGUUUCCCCCUCAGUUUUCUCCAGGCUGAACAACCCCAGGUCUCUCAGCCUUUCCUCAUAAGAGAGACGCUCCACUCCCCUGAUCAUCUUGGUAGCUCUCUGCUGGACUCUUCUCCAGUAGUUCCCUGUCUUGAACUGGGGACCCCAAAACUGGACGCAGCACUCCAAAUGUGGCCUCAUUAGGGCAGAGUAGAGGGGCCAGAUAACCUCCCUCGACCUGCUGGCCACUCUCCUUUUAAUGCACCCCAGGUUACCCUUGGCCUCCUUGGCCACAAGGGCACGGUGCUGGCUCAGGGUCACCUUGCUGCCCACCAGCACUCCCAGGUCCUUCUCAGUGGUGCCACUUUCCAGCAGGUCACCCCCAACCUCUACUAGUGCAUGGGGUUGUUCCUUCCCAGGUGCUGGACCUUGCACUUGCUUUUGUGGAAACGUGGCAGGGCUGUGCAUCACAGUGGGGACAUGGAGGUGGAAGAGCAAGGCUCAUGUCCCUGGCGCAGAUUACGACUUCCCUAGGCUUGUGCCUCCACUCUCAGACCUUCCGCCUUAGCAGGACAUGCAGGCAUGAAGGUGGUGGUGGUGGCUAUCCUUGUGUGUAUUUCCACUUCUCUGUGGGCAUCUGGGAAAGUCUCCUGCCCAUGCACAAGCUGGGAGCCCUGCUUUUGGGUAUUGGAGCACUCUGUUCUUGUGCUGUUUCCUCGUGCUGCGUAUGGAUGGCAGGGAUUGCCACCCCACCCUGUGCCCUUGCACACAGGUUCCUGUUGUAUGUCUCUACAAGAGGGGCAGCUGCAACGUGUUCUGGCCAUGUCAUGGCCAGUGACACCUGCUCCUGUUGUCUUUCAUACCCCUCUUUCUCUUGCAGAUACUUCAGGUGGUGGUACAAGAAGACCCGCAUAGAGAAGAAAUCUGCCUUCAUUGACCUCUUGUGUGCUGUUCCUCUACAGCAGAUCUAUGGGUGCCCGCUGGGCGGGAUCGGGGGAGGCACCAUCACCCGUGGCUGGCGGGGCGAGUUUUGCCGCUGGCAGCUGAACCCUGGCAUUUAUCACUAUGAAACAGUCAUUGCUGACCAGUUCACGGUGUGCCUGCGUUGCAAGGGGCAGACAGUUUACCAGCAGGUCCUGUCCGUGGAGAGACCCAGCACUCUGCAGGGCUGGAACUGGGGCUACUGUGGCCACUAUGCCUUCUACCAUGCCCUGUACCCCCGUGCCUGGAUGGUCUACGACCUCCCAGGGCAAAACGUGGUGCUCACUUGCCGCCAGGUCUCUCCUGUCAUCCCCCAUGAUUAUAAGGACUCCAGCCUGCCUGUAGGAGUGUUCAUCUGGGAGGUGGAGAAUGGGAGAGAUGAGGAUGUGGACGUCUCCAUCAUGUUCAGCCUGCAGAAUGGCACAGGAACAAAGGAGGACAGGAGUGGAGGGCACUGGAAUGAGCCGUUUGUCUUUGAGAAGGAGGGUGAGCGGGUUGCUGGAGUCCUGCUGCACCACUGCACACGUGUGAACCCCUUCACCUUUGCCAUCUCUGCCCGGGAGAAGGCUGGCACGGGAGUCACCCACCUCACGACAUUCAGUCCCACGGGAUCAGGUAGAGAGGUGUGGCAUGACCUUCUGCAGGACGGCAGGCUGGAUUCCCCCACUGGUAAAAGCAGCCCGACAGAGAAGGGGGAGGUGACUGCAGCAGCGGUGUGUGCCAGCUGCAGGGUUCCCGCCCGGGGUCACAGGACACUGGAGCUGGCCCUGGCCUGGGAUAUGCCCUGUGUUCACUUCGGCUCCAAGGAGAAGCUGCACCUCAGGCGGUACACCCGGUUUUUUGGCAGCAGAGGCGAUGCUGCUCCUGCCCUGUCGCAUUAUGCUCUGACACACUACGAGGAGUGGGAGAGGAAGAUCGAAGCAUGGCAGAAGCCCAUCCUAGAGAACAGCGAGCUGCCUUCCUGGUACAAGUCAGCCCUCUUCAAUGAGCUGUACUUCGUGACGGACGGGGGGACCAUCUGGGUGGAGCUGCCCCCGGACUGCCACGCAGAGGACCUGCAGGGGCCGGCGGGGGCUGGCCUCUCCCACCUCCUCCCUGUCCUGCGGGAGUACGGAAGGUUUGCUUAUUUGGAAGGCCAGGAGUACCGGAUGUACAAUACCUACGAUGUCCACUUCUACGCCUCCUUUGCUCUCGUCAUGCUGUGGCCCAAGCUACAGAUCAGCCUGCAGUAUGACAUUGCUGUCACGGUGGUGAACGAGGAUGUUCAGUGCCGGCAGUACUUGAUGUGUGGUCAGACAGCUCAGGUGAAGCUGAAGAACGUGGUGCCACAUGACAUUGGGGACCCAGCUGACGAGCCAUGGCAGCAUGUCAAUGCCUACCUGAUGCACGACACGGCUGACUGGAAGGACCUCAACCUGAAGUUUGUGCUGCAGGUGUACCGCGACUACUACCUGACACAUGACUCCCUGUACUUGCGGGACAUGUGGCCAGUCUGCCAGGCUGUGAUGGAGUCAGAGAUGAAGUUCGAUACAGAUAACGAUGGACUCAUCGAAAAUGGUGGCUUUGCUGACCAGACAUAUGAUGCCUGGGUGGUAAAUGGAGCCAGCGCGUACUGUGGUGGGCUGUGGCUGGCAGCUGUCUGCAUGAUGUGCAAGAUGGCAGAGGUGCUUGGGGAUGCCAAGACACAGCAGAAAUACACGGACAUCCUGAGCAAGGGCAAGGAAGCAUUUGAGAGGAUGCUCUGGAACGGAAAAUACUACAACUAUGACAGCAGUGGGAGCGACACCUCCAGCAGCAUCAUGUCAGACCAGUGUGCUGGGCAGUGGUUUCUCGGGGCUUGUGGUCUCGACCAAGGGGAGUUUGAGGUCUUCCCCAAGAGUCACAUUGUUAGUGCGCUCAAGACCAUCUUUGAGAAGAAUGUCAUGAGCUUUGCUGGUGGCACCAUGGGAGCAGUGAAUGGCAUGAGACCCGAUGGGGUGCCCGACACCUCCAGCGUGCAGUCCAAUGAGGUCUGGAUUGGCGUGGUCUAUGCCUUGGCUGCCACCAUGAUCCAGGAGGGGCUGGUGGAGGAAGGCUUUCAUACAGCGGAGGGCUGCUACCGGACAGUUUGGGAACGGCUGGGCAUGGCUUUCCAGACACCAGAGGCCUACCGGGAGAAGAGAGUCUACCGCUCGCUGGCUUACAUGCGGCCCCUUAGCAUCUGGAGCAUGCAGCUGGCCCUGGAGCGCAGAGCUGGCUGGGCACCAGCACCCAUGCAGCCACCUCAGGUCCCCAUCCACCCUUGAGCCUGGUGGCACUGAGCAGGGCAGCGGGUGCACGGGGUGCUGGGGGGGGGGUCUCAGCUGGUGGGGAGGGAGCCUUCCCUCCCCCUCUUCGAUAAUACUCGCAUUGCUGUUUUCCUUCCCUACCUCCACAACAUGCCCUUCAUCUCAGAGGGCUCCCAGCCACCGAUGCUGAGCACCAUGUGGGACCAGAGGUGCGGGUGAUGUCUCCUCAGAGAGGGAGGGAUAAGGAGGCAUGGCUGGAGCCUGUGCUUCCCCUUCCCCAUCACUCAGGGCUCUGACAGCCUGCAGGACCUCCAGCCAUCUUCCACCAGAGCUGGUACCUUGCCUGGGAGCACAGGAGACCUCUCCCGCAGUCAGCGGGAUGGGUAAGGUGGGAGCUGGCCUGCAGGGUAAAAAAAAAAAGUGUGGGUGUAUGUGUGUGUGAGGACAGUGGACUGGUGCACGCAGGCACAUGGAUGCUGUAGUUGUCCCUCUGUUGUGUGGCACUGCAUACACAGACUGGCUCUGACCCAAGGCACCAGCCUCAGGAGAGCCUGUGGCAGACGCAAUCCCCAGGGGAGCCCUGGCUCCCCAGCCCGUGACAAUCUGAGCCCAAGCAGCAUGUCCUGGUCUGGUACCGUGGCACCCCUCCCUGCUGGUGCCGGGGGUGGGCAGCAGAGCAUGUUUUAGAGGAUGAAUCAUUUUAAGUUCUUAAUAAAUUUGUCUAGCUGUC